AUGGCUCAUAUUAAUUUUUAUUUGCUUCGUAUAAGACGAUAUUGUCUUCGAUAUAGUCUUUAUUGUAGUCGACGACCAAGAUUAAAUCGUAUUAUAAAAAUUUUGUCUAUUAUUAUUAUUGGCUUUCUUUUUAUGACUUUGAUUAAUGGUGUUCUUUUUUCAAGUGUUCUAUUUUUGCAAGAAAAUAAUAAUGAACCUGAUUAUGAUCUUGAUACACGACCAUAUUAUAAAACAAUUGAGAUGAAGAAACGUUUCGAUGAUUCAGGAAAUUAUUUAAUUGUACAAAAUUUUGUACAAUAUCAAACAAAUUUAACUAAAAAUGCUGAUUUAAUUGCACUCAAUUUACAUACUGAUAUUGAACACCUUCAUUUAUUAUUACAACAUGCUAAAGUUUGGGAUGGACCAAUUUCAUUAAGUUUAUAUGUUAAAGGUGCUCGAGGUAGUGAUGAUAUUGAUUAUGCAUCAAUAUGGCUCCGAUGUAAUCGACGAUCAUUUAAAGUACUCAAUAUUCAUCUUGUUAUUUCAGCAAAAGCUUAUAAAAGCUCAAUAUCAAAUCAGCACAAUUCUCACAGUGUCAAAUAUGCUGUCAAUUGUCAACAUAUAACUUAUGCUAAUCAUACUGAUGAAACAGAUUCUACUCCAUAUCCAUCAAAUCUUCUUCGUAAUAUUGCUCGUAUUGGCAAUACAGUUCCAUCUGUAAAAUAUAUUCUUACACUUGAUAUUGAUGUAUUUCCAUCAGCUGAUCUAUUUCAUCAUCUUGUAUCAUUUUAUACGAAAAAAACAAAUAUAAAUGAAAUUUUAAAUCGUACAUUAUAUGUUAUUCCAGCAUUUGAAAUUCAUACUGAUACAAUAAAACGUUCUAUUGCAUUACCACAAAAUAAACGUGAAUUAAUAUUAUUAUGGAAUGAUGAACAAAUUCAACCAUUUCAAAAAGAUAUUUGUUUAUCUUGUCAAUCUUUAACAAAUUAUAAUGCAUGGAAAGAAGAAACAAAAAGUGACGAAAUUCUACCAAUAUUUCGUCCACAUUAUUCACAACCAUGGAAACCUUUUUAUAUUGGACCUAAAGAUGUACCUAUGUUUGAUUCACGUUUUAAAGCUCAUGCACAUGCAAGAAUAAGUCAAUGUUGCGAAAGUUUUAUGGCUGGUUAUGAUUAUGCUGUGUUGAAUAAUGUUUACCUUUAUCGAUUAGGUUUUAUUGAUAAAUCUCAAUUACCAAAUACGAAAUUAAUUGAAGAUGAUACAUCAUUAUUACUUUUUCAACAAUUUCAAGAAGAUCUAUUAAAACAUAUGCAAGGAAGACUAACAGUUUCAUCUAUAAAUACAGAUGAUGAAAAUGAUCCUAUAAUUCUUAAAUCACCAGUAUCAAUAAAAAAUCGCCUUCGAAAUUUUUUUGGUAUACCGAAACCAAUAGAUAAUGAAGAUUGUUCUUGGCCGACAAAUACACUUCUAUGUGCAAUUGUCUUUCUCGAAGAUGCUGUUAACUAUCGAUCAAUAGUACAUAAAGUAACAAAAAAUUAUUUAUUAGUUUAUCGAUGGUUUUCAAGUUCAUUAAUUCAAAAAUUGCAUCAUUUUGCUCUAACAAUUAAUCUUUGUUUGGCUUUGUUUGAACGACCAUCAUCCUUUAGUAUAACAUCAGACGUUAGUAAAAACACUGAUCGAAUUGUUUUUCCAUAUUCAUUACUAAUGAUCAUUGAGGGUUUAACGCUCAUCUGGUUUCUUGCUUAUAUUUGUACUAAAAUUGCAUGCCUCGGUAUAAAACAUGCUCGAAAACGUUUUUGGAUUAUUGCUUUUUUUAUUGUAACAAUUUAUUCUUUAUGUGAAUGGUUUGUUAUGAUUGCAGUUCGUCUUCGACGUAUUUUUCGUCCUUUAUUUAUGAUUGAAUCAUCUCAAUUAAUGAAAAAAGCUUUAAAAGCUGUGCAAAAAGAUUUAUUAACUAUUAUUGCUUGUGUUUCAAUGGCACUCGGUCAUAUUCUUUUCUUUGCUAUUAUUGCUAUGUUUCUCUUUCCUCGAUCAGAGACUGUAAAGAAUAGUCAAGGCAAUACUUAUUUUUCUAGUUUACAUGAUUCGGUUUUUCAAUUACUUGUACUUUAUUCAACAGCUAAUAAUCCGGAUGUAAUGAUGCCAGCUUAUUCAGAUAAUCGAUUCAAUGUUUUAUUCUUUCUCGUCUUUGUUAUUAUUGGCAUUUAUUGGAUACAAAAUAUAAUAACUGCUGUAGUCUAUCGAGCUUUUCGAGGAUAUUUUUUAAAUUCUAUUAUUAAUUCACAAUUACGACGCCGUUUAGCUAUAAGAGCUUCAUUUGAAGUUUUACAAAAACAAAUAUUAAAUGGAGUAUCAAAUGAAAAUACAAAGCCGGUACCGAUAUCUGUUGUUCAAAUAAUCGUCAAUUCAGCAUCAAUGAGUAAAUGGCAUUCAGAUCGAAUCAAUCAAAGAUUAUUUGAAUUAAAUUGCGAAACAGAUAUAAUCGAUCUUGAACAAUAUUCCAAAAUAAUGGAAUUAUUAGAUGUAAAUCCUAAAUUAAUAACUGAAAUUGAAUUUAAAACAUUAAGUGAAAGUUUAAUCGAUCGAUUUAAAGGUGUUGGUCGUUCGAAAAUUUUCGAUAGUAUUGGUACUCUAUUUGCUCUAUUAAGUGUUUUACUUGUUACAAUUGAAAUUAGUAAUCGUCAUUUAAAUUCCGAUUACAAAGAAUUAGUUGCUCAUAGUUUACUCAUAUCAUUUGUUAAUUUCAGUCUUAUGAUUUAUUUUGCUUUUGAAAUAAUUAUGAAAGCAUGGUCAUUUGGUCCAGAUAAAUUUUUUCGUUCAUCAUCAGCAAAUAUAUUAGAAGCAGCUGUAGCUUUUACAUGUCUUAUUUUACAAAUAAUACAUAUGGCAAUUCAUGGAUCACCUGUUAUUUCUGAAAAUGAUCUGAAUAUGACAGAAAAACAGAUACCAUUUUUAACACUAUGGGAAGCAAUAAAAAUAUGCAAUAUGUUAUUUAUUUAUCGAUUAGUUCGAUUUUUACCAGCAUCAAAAAAUAUACAAAUUGUCGUUGGUACUGUUAUUGAUGAAAUUCGAAAUGGUGGUGCUUUUUUUGGAGUUUUAUUUAGUUUUUAUUAUGCAUAUUCAAUUCUUGGCAUGGAAUUAUUCCGAGGUACUAUUGAUAAUCUUUAUAUACGUCAUAGUCAGAGAAAUAAAUCAGAUUGUGGUACUUAUGAACAACUUGAAUAUUGGCCAAAUAAUUUUAAUGAUUUUUUUUCAUCAAUUGUUACACUUUAUAAUAUAAUGAUUGUAAAUCAAUGGUUUGUUUUUGUCAAUGGUUUUCGAAGUGCAACAAAUUCCAGAUGGAGUGAAUUAUAUUUUAUUUUUUGGUAUUUAUUUGUAACAACACUUGGAUUAAAUAUAUGUCUUGCAUUGAGUGGUGAUAUUCAUGAUGCUAAAAAGAAACGAGCUAAUGAACAUGAAGAAUUAAUUGUAUCAAAUAUGUUUGAUAUUUAUCGGUCUCAAUUAAAUGAGCCACCACCUGAAGUGAUAACACAACAAUUAAAUGCACAUCCUUAUAUUAAUUUUCGUGAAAAUUUAUGUGAAAGAAUCAAUAUUGAGUGA